AUGUUUUACAAUAAUAAGUUGCUAAAAUUCUUCUUACUAGCUGCACUUUCGCUCAUCCCCAAGUCUUCGUCCCGACUGAUUUGUGGAAUAGAUGUAUUUACUGGUACUAUCAUGGAAAUGCAUAUAAAAUUUGAUUGUCGUAAGCGGCUAGGCGCACAUCGAAAAUGUUGCACUGCUCAUGGUGUUUGCUAUAAACUCAAGAUGCCGUGGAAGGAAUGCGAUAAGAAAUAUUGUGAAUGUGUUCAUGAAAUUGCUGAGAAAGUCAGAGGAAAAUGCAAGAAUCAUGCCAAAAACUUCUGCAAGAUCGUGAAAGAUAACGGACGAUUCGUUUAUCAUCUUCUCCAGAAAGGAUAA